ACCAAUCAGCGAGCUCCAGGUUUAAAGAUGGCGUCACCCGUCAGCUGCAGGACUGCAUCAGUAUUGUUUUGUCUCAUAUUAUUCACAUCGGUUCAUUGUACAGACACUAAACCGAAGAAGAAGAAGGACAUACGGGAUUAUAAUGAGGCGGAUAUGGCCAGACUGCUGGAGGAGUGGGAGAAAUUUGUGGUGGGAUCCAACCGUGCCAUCUUCAUGCUGCGUGACGGGAGCUACGCCUGGGAGAUUAAAGACUUCCUGGUCGCUCAGGACCGCUUCACUAUAAUCACUGUUUGUAUCUUUCUCAUCAGAUUUGUGGUGGGAUCCAACCGUGCCAUCUUCAUGCUGCGUGACGGGAGCUACGCCUGGGAGAUUAAAGACUUCCUGAUCGCUCAGGACCGCUGUGAGGAUGUGACCGUGGAAGGACAGGUGUACCCCAGGAAAACUGCCAAGAAAGAUGCCAAGGGGAACGAGCAAAACGAGACCAAGAAGAAAGACAAGAAAGCAGCCAACCGAGCAAAUAAAAGCAAGCAGGAGCUUUGAUACACGAGCCUCAAAGGCGCAGCAUGGUCUUAAUAGGACUGAAGGAGCGUUUCUCUAACAUAUGUUAGCAGGUACUUUGACACACAGGUUGAUGAGUCAAAUCAGCAAUCUUUGUUUCAGUUUCUUUGAUUUGUUUUACUGUAACUCACCUCAUUUUUUCACAGUCAAUCAAAGA